AUGGUCCUUAAAAAGUGUAGUAUCUGUUCCAGGGUCUUCUCCAAGACCGAACAUGUCAAGAGACACGAGCGGUCGCAUACCAAAGAACGCCCUUACCAAUGCAAUGUCUGCUUGAAGCGGUUCUCUCGUAGUGAUGUCUUGAGCCGACAUGCCAAGGGCCAUGAGACUCAGCUCACUGCAACGGGUGGUCCAUCAGAUGCGUUAAAUCGACGGUAUUCUGCGAUAGCCGCGUCACCAAUGAAUGCAGCUCCAGAAAUCCCAGCCGUCGCCGAAGCGUAUCAGCUUCCAAGUCUCUCUUCUACGCCGCAAGAUAUGCCACUCGUGCCGCAUCAUGCCCGCUCCGGAUCAGAGCUCGGGGCAAUGAUGAUUGACGAACGGCAGCCUUAUUUCGGGUGGAAUGAGGUCACUCCACACCAAGCACCUCACAGACCCAGCAUGGCUUUCGAUCCUGUGCCCAAGGAUAUGCUGCAACUGUGGUUGGAACCUCACCUGGUCAUGUCCCCAGGCCAGCAGACUCAGCACUCAGCCGAUAGUGCCAAAUCGAGCAGCGACAAUAUCCCCACUGAACGAUUCUACAAGGUCCAGCGGUGCUGGCCUGCACCAAUCAACAGUGGACGACUCAUCAAUAACUUAUGGCGAGAUAUUGCGUUUUCGGUGGAGGACAAUGUCUUCUCCGUUCAGUCAUUACAUCUUCCCAGUGAGGUAACAUUCACUCAAGGAUCACGGUGUGGACUGGACGAGGACUGCAGACGACGACUACAGGCGGUGUUUGGCCGUAGGCCGGCAAUGCAUCCGCACUUGCAGUCUCCAAAUAAUGGAGGCAUCUCCCCAGUCACGCCUGUCUCGGCUAUGAGCCAUCUGCCCGAUUUCCCGCCUGCUGAGAUCUUGGAUAUGGCACUCGACCUUUAUUUCCGUAUUUCUCUUGUUCCUUUUGUUCAUUUGCCGACAUUCUCAGCGAGGAAGACGCGACCCUCCCUCUUGUAUGCCAUGAUUUUAAUCGGCAUGACGUUGCUUGACACCAAAGGGACAACUGAUUUUGUCUCUCGGAAUUUCACUAGUGUCUUAGAGCAGGUUACAGCGGAGUUUUCUAGAUGCACCGUAGGAGUUGAGAAUGCCUCGGACACUAUGACAUUAUUUGCGACAGCCUUGCUAUUCCUGCAUCUUCCUCUUUUGACAGGAGAAAAAGAGCAUCUAGAGCAAUGUCAGACAUUAUACGUGAACGUCAUGACCGUUUCCCAAAGACACGGCCUCUUUACUGGGGGCCAGGUCCUUGACAUGAGCCUAUUCGAGAAAUUUGCCGAUCUCGAUAUGAGAUGGAAAGCAUGGAGCAAGGUUGAGUCAACCAAAAGGAUCAUCAUUGGACUUCUCCUCUUGGACUCUUGCUACUCAUCCUUCCUCUCAACAAGCCCAAUAACAAACCCCGACACAAUCCAACUCAUUCUCCCUUGCGGCGACGACCUCUUCAACUCUCACUCCUCCCACCGCUGGACGCAACUCAUCCGCUCCGGGAAACGUAUUCUUUCCACAACAAUCAACGCGCCAUCUGAAAACACCAACAUCCCCAACCUCGAAAACCCCACCGAAGACUUUUGCAUCCAAGCCAUCCUCGCAACCGUCCAAAUCCGCCAAUCAGAAGCUUACCACCGCCUCCUGUCUAACAGAGCCAGCUACCCCUUCGCACCAUGCCACACAUACGCCAUGGAUGGCCGAGCAAGGUGUCUCCCCUCACUCCAAUUCCAACUCAUCACGAACUACGGGGAAACCUUCGACCGCCUGAGUCCUAAUGCUCUCAUCAUGUGGCAUCAUAUGUGCAUGAUGUUAACAGCCGAUAUCCAAAUAUUCGACCUAGCUGCGGGCCGUGCUGGCCCACUUCCAGCGCGCAAAGCCCUCGAUCAAAUCGCCGAGUGGGCACAGACCCCAGCAGCGCGACGGGCUUGUCUGCAUGCUGCGCAUAUCUACAAAGCUAUGACGAACCGCAAAGCCUCCGACCAUCCUAUCUUCCACUCCCUCCUCUCCUGUUUCUCUGCUGCAUUAGUACUGGGUCUGUACACAUUCAUGGUUCCCGACUCCGCGAACACGACAAGUAUUGGCUCUGUGGAAUUGAUGGAUGAUGUUGACUGGUGCUCGGUGGGCACCGAAGGUUUCACGAGUUUCAUGGAGCCUGGAGGCAGUCAGGGUUUCGCCCCUACCGAUGAUCCUGCUGUGAACUUCAUUCGAAAUGGAUCGACUGUUUACUUGCGGGGCACGUCUUUCCAUGGUGGAUAUCAGUCUGCUCGAAGGGUUCUUCUUGAUUAUGCUUCUCUUCUUAAGGAUUCUGGGAAGUGGAGUGUGAAAAAGUUUUCGCAUAUUCUAUAUAUAAUGAGUGAUGUCCUUAUGGACCUGGAGUGA